GUGUCUCAUCCUUAGUAUCUAAACCCUACCCAAGGAAGCUUCAAACAAGCAUCAUCACACCCUGACCAUGAACGGGUACUUGAACGAAUCCAAUUUCAUUAUGGUGGAGGAGGGUUUCACCACCAGAGACCUGCUGGAGAACCUCCUGGGGGAGCUGUGCCAGGAGAAUGAGCAGCAAGCCUUCUUCGUGGCAGACCUCGGGGACAUCGUGAAGAAACACCUGCGUUUCCUGAAGGCCUUGCCUCGGGUGAAACCCUAUUUCCCAGUCAAAUGCAACAGCAGUGAGGGAGUGAUUCGGCUGCUGGCAGAGCUGGGGGCAGGUUUUGCCUGUGCCAACAAGGCAGAGAUCACACGGGUUCAAGGCAUUGGAGUCCCAGCUGACAGGAUCUUCUACAGCAGCCCCUGCAAGCAGGUUGCCCACAUCAGGUAUGCAGCCAGCCACGGUGUGCAGCUGAUGACCUUUGACAACGAGGUGGAGCUGAGCAAGGUGGCCAGGACUCACCCUCGUGCCAGGAUGUUGUUGGGGAUUGCUGCUGACUCCAGCCCUUCUGCCCACCCAAGCAUGAUGUUUGGGACUACACUCAAGUCCUGCCGACUCCUGCUAGAGACAGCCAAGGAGCAAGAUGUGGAGGUUGUUGGCAUCAGUUUCCACCUGGGGAGCCGUGGCCUGGAGCCCCAGACCUUUGCUCAGGCUGUGGCUGCAGCACAGCUAGUGUUUGACAUGGGCUCAGAGCUGGGCUACCGGAUGCACCUCCUGGACAUUGGAGGAGGAUUCCCUGGCACCGAGGACACCCGAGCUCGGUUCGAGGAGAUUGCUGCCAUGAUAAACUCUGCCUUGGACCUGUACUUCCCAGAGGGCUGUGGGGUGGAGAUUGUUGCCAGACCUGGGCGAUACUACGUCACCUCUGCCUUCACCUUUGCUGUCAGCAUCACUGCCUUGGAGGAGGUUCCUGCAGAGCAGUCUGGCUCUGAUGAGGAAGAGUCUGGCAGCAAGAAGAGCCUGGUGUACCACCUCAGUGAUGGCAUCUAUGGAGCCUUCAGCUGCCUCCUGUUUGACAGCCCCUGCCCCAGGCCUCGGCUGCACAAGAGACCCUGCCCAGACCUCCCCUUGCUCAGCAGCAGCCUCCGAGGGCCCCCAGAACACGCAGAGGAUCGUAUUGCUGAUGGGCUGGAGCUGCCAGAGCUGCACCUCGGGGACUGGCUGGUGUUUGAGAACAUGGGAGCCUACACCAUCACCACCUCAUCCCCCCUCGGGGGGUGUCCCCAGCCACAGGUCACCUACGCCAUGUCCCGCAUGGCCUGGAAAGCCAUUCAGCUCUUCCUGGGAAAGCCUCCCCAGACAGAAGAUGACCGUGAGAGCCUCUGCACCCCUCUGUCCUGUGGCUGGGAGAUGGCAGAGACUCUGUGUGUCACCCCAGUCUUCACUCCAGCCAGCAUCAUCUGAGCAG